UCAAUCAUUCUUCGGCACUGCCAAUCUGCCAUACAUCCCCAUGGCAAUCGACGAAGACAUCCCGGAAGAUGUGUUGAGUGAGAUUCUAUCUCGACUCCCUGUGAAAUUCCUCCUUCGAUUCAAAUCAGUCUCGAAAUACUGGUACUCUCUCAUCCAAAACCCUAGCUUCAUUUCCCUCCACCACAAUCGCUCCCCGAAAAACGAAUCCUUCCUCGUCAAACGAUUAGUCAAAUCCGCUUCCGGAUUCGCCCUGUCCUUGGUCUCCAGCGAAACCCCAAUCCUCGAUCUAGACAUACCUUUCGGCGGUCAACCCGCUAGUUGUCUCCACCUCUGCGGCUCUUCCAACGGUGUCGUUUGUCUCUCCAAUUCCUCCACCAAAAUCAUCAUGUUAUGCAACCCCGCAAUGAGAGAAUUCAGGUUACUCCCUCGAUCCCCUCUUCAUACAUGGCACACUAGCCAUCUAGGGUUUGCUUUUGAUCCGAAAACCAAUGAUUAUAAAGUUCUUAGAGUUGCCGCACGCUCUGAAUGCGAGCUUAUGACAUUUACUUUUACGUUUGUUGAUGGAAGAGUUGAAAUCUACGAUAUGAGUACUGACACCUGGAGAGAAAUCGUCACUGUGGUGCCGAAAGAGAUACUACAAUGUACUGACAACUGGAGAGAGGUGCCGAAAGAGAUACUACAAUAUUCUCAGCAUUCGUGUUCCACAUGGUUGAAUGGGGUGUUUUAUUGGGUGGCUGCUGAUCGUAAUGGUCGUGGUGAAAUUAUUGCUUUCCGCAUGUCAGAUGAAUUGUUCGAACGAGUAUUUUUACCCGAGGAUGUUAGGAUUAACCCUUGGUCUAGCCUUAGCAUUCUGGGGGACUCCCUUGCCCUUGUUACUGUGCAGUUUGGAAGCACGGGAUCGUGCCUUGAAAUAUGGGUAAGGGAUGGAAAUGGAGUUAAGGAUCCUUGGAACAAAAGGUACGGUAUUGGACCUAUUUUAGGACAUUACGAUCCAUUAGGAUUUCGGCAAAUUGGUGAGCUUCUUCUUUGGAGAGGCAACGUUUGCAAGAUGGUGUUUUACAACCUUGAUUCACAUACCAUAAAUGAGUAUGGUGAAGUAUACGAUGAUCUGAUAUUAGUUGAUCAGCUUCACGUUCUUUUCUACACAGUAAACUUAGUUUCAGUUAGGAGACGCGUUUAAUGAGACAUGAUUUUUUUGAACAACAUGGUUUUUAAAAGAGUGUCAUGAAGUAUAGGUCAUUUCAAGUUCUUUCCUACAAAUUGAUGGGUUACAAGUUCUUUGAUAUACAGAGAACUUGGUUUUAGUCAAUAGACGUGUUUAUUGAGACAUAAUAUGUGCAAGCAACCUGCUCUUAAUAUGUAUUCUAUGCAAUGCCGUAGAUUGACCAAUUGAGGUUCAAGGAUAGUUUGGAAUAACAGGUUUUCUUUGCUAUGGUGUGAGAUUAAAAAUUGUUGAACUAUGGUCAUGUUUAGUAUGUUUUCCUUGUCUUGUUAACUAUAUUGCUACUUGCCGAUUUCUCAGAGGCUCAAAACUGCUGUGGACCCUCAAAGGUUACUGUGAUUCAAGCAAGAAUCACUUGCUAUUCUGGCAUAUUUCGCUUCUUCUGGGCUUCAUUGGAGUUAUAUCUGUUGUUUUGUGGUUGUAUUUCCGAUUAUGUACUCUGUAUUGAUUGUUGGGCCCAUCUCUGUUGGGUUGGUUGAUUCCUUAUCAACUCGCUUGGGGUUCUUGGCACAUGAUUGUCACCGGGAUAAGUGCCAACCUCGUUGGGAUGUAUCCUUGACGUUGUGAUGCUGUUUUUCCUUUUCUUUUCCCAUAUUUCCUGUAUCUCCUCUUCCUUCUUAAUUUCUUCUUUGCCGUUAAAAAAAAAAAAAAAAAAACUAUAUUUGCUACUUGCAUC